UCUUCGAGUAACAAGACUUUUAAACAGUCUCUUUUCUUCUUUUCGGUUAUAAGAACUAAAAAGAUGAUGCUUGCACUGGAAGAUGUGUUGAGCGAACUCGCCGGAGAAGAAAGGAACGAGAGAGGAUUGCCACCUGGAUUCCGGUUUCACCCAACGGACGAAGAGCUCAUAACUUUCUACUUAGCUUCCAAAGUCUUCCAUGGAGGUCUCUGUAGCAUUCACAUUGCCGAAGUUGAUCUCAAUCGCUGUGAGCCUUGGGAACUUCCAGAAAUGGCGAAGAUGGGAGAGAGAGAGUGGUACUUUUAUAGUCUAAGGGAUAGGAAAUAUCCGACGGGCUUGAGGACGAACAGAGCCACUACUGCUGGAUAUUGGAAAGCUACCGGAAAAGAUAAGGAGAUCUUUUCCGGCGGCGGCGGCGGAAAUGGAGGAGGAGGAGCGCUUGUUGGGAUGAAGAAGACGUUGGUGUUCUACAAGGGAAGGGCUCCACGUGGCCUCAAGACAAAGUGGGUCAUGCAUGAGUAUCGCCUCGAAACCGACCUUUCACACCGCCACACGUGCAAGGAGGAAUGGGUGAUUUGCAGAGUGUUCAAUAAAACAGGAGAUAGAAAAAAUGUUGGAAUCCUUAACCAUUCACUCUCAACGACACAUCAUCAUCAUAACCAUAACCAUUAUCAUCGUCUUGAAUCCUUGCCUCCUCUUCUAGAACCUUCCAAAACCCUAACCAACUUCCCAUCACUACUCUAUGAUGGUACCCACCAAAAUUACAAUAAUAACCUUCUCCACGGAUCAUCGGACCACCACGUGGACGAGCUCAAAGCCCUAAUCAACCCAGUCGUGUCUCAGCUCAACGGAAUCAUCUUCUCUCCGGGAAACAACAACAACGAAGAAGACGACAACUUCGGCGUGAAGACAGAGCAAUAUUCGAACGGUGGUAAUAACGAUCUUGACGUACAAGACUACUUGGAGAAUCCUCUGUUUCAGGAAGCGGGUUACAGUCUGUUGGGUCUUUCGUCUUCUCCUGGACAUUUUCACAUGCUAUUAGAUUCUCCAUGUCCUUUAGGUUUCCAGCUGUAGAAUCUUGUCCCUUGGAUUAUAUAUAUUUGGCCUUUUUUUCUUUAAU